GUAGGACUUCGAGGCCCAUGUGAUCACUCUCUAAAAUAUUUAAGCUCAAGAAUCACAGAGCGAAAGCUGCAGGGCUCAUGCCUGCCUGCUGGCCGAGGGAAUCUGGAGAAACCGUUCCUGGGGCCACGCAGCUCUGUCGUGCCCAUGUUCAGCACUCAGAACGGCCUUCACGCCGUCCAUGCUGAGAACAGCCUGCAGAAGCCCAGGGUUGUGACCGUGGUGAAGCUGGGUGGGCACCCCCUCCGGAAGAUCACCCUGCUCCUCAACAGGCGGUCUGUGCAGACAUUUGAGCAGCUCAUAGCGGACAUCUCAGAAGCCUUGGGCUUUCCAAGAUGGAAGAAUGAUCGAGUGAGGAAACUAUUCAACCUCAAGGGCAGGGAAAUCAAAAGCGUCUCUGAUUUCUUCAGGGAAGGGGAUGCUUUCAUAGCCAUGGGAAAAGAACCAUUGACAUUGAAGAACAUUCAGAUGGCUAUAGAAGAACUGUACCCCAACAAAGCUCGGGCCCUGACACUGACCCUGCAUAGCCGGGCCCCCUCCCCAAGGCUGAGGAGCAGGCUUUCUAGCAAGGCUCUGAAAGAGGGUCACCACUGUGGGAAGACUGAGACUACCAAGAGCUGUGGUGAGGCUGGGUCCAAGGUGGCCGUCAGGCAUCCAGGGAAGACCCCCGUGGAGCCGGCGCUAGAGGACGGGGCGAGGUCCCAGAAUUGGGUGAGGGGGAAGUGGGAGCCUGAAUCCAAUAGCAAGCUCGCCAGGGAAGCGACUCUAGAGGAGGGGCGUGCAAGUGGAGAGAAGCACCUUGGGGUGGAGAUAGAAAAAACCUCAGGGGAAAUUGUCAGAUGCGAGAAGUGCAAGAGAGAGAGAGAGCUCCAGCAGAGCCUGCAGAGGGAGAGGCUGUCCACAGGGACCAGCGAGCUGGACAUGGGCAAGUCCUCAAGGUAUGAGGUGGAGAAGCUGGUGAGGACGAGAAGCUGCAGGAGGUCUCCCGAGGUGAACCCUCCAGGUGGAGAGGAAGGGUGGAAGAGGGACAGCCACAGAAGCAGUCCCAGGAAUCCCACUCAAGACCUGAGGAGACCCAGCAAGAACACAGAAAAGAAAGAGGACAGAGACCCAGAACGUCAAGAAAGUCAUCCUCUGGGAGCAGUCAAGACGAAGAAGGAACUUGUGGAAGCUCAACCAGGCACAGACGAGGGGCUGAGGGAAGUGAAGAAAGACACCAGGAAUGUUUGCAGGAACAAGCAUGGCGGCUGGCUCCUGAGAGAGCACCGGGCUGACCCUGAGAAGCUGCCUAGGACUCGAGGUGAGGAAAAGGAGGCCGAGAAGGAGAAAAAGGGGUGUGUGCCGGCAGGGAGAAAGGUGGUUCUCAGAGAUGAAGAGCCUGCAAGGGCGGAAGAGAACAAGGCCGAGCGGCCUCUGGGUCGGAAGCCCCGGCCCCCGGGCAUCAUCGCGGCCGACGUGGAGAAGUACUACGAGACCGGCCGGGUCAUCGGCGACGGGAAUUUUGCCCUGGUCAAGGAGUGCAGGCACCGAGACACCAGGCAGGCCUACGCGAUGAAGAUUAUCGACAAGUCCAAGCUCAAGGGGAAGGAGGACAUGGUUGACAGCGAGAUCCUGAUUAUCCAGAGCCUCUCGCACCCCAACAUAGUGAAGCUGCAUGAAGUGUACGAGACGGCCAGGGAGAUCUACCUGAUCAUGGAGUACGUGCGGGGAGGCGAUCUUUUUGACGCGAUCAUAGAGAGUGUGAAGUUUCCAGAGCGAGAGGCCGCGCUCAUGAUCAUGGACUUGUGUAAGGCGCUCGUCCACAUGCACGACAAAGGCAUUGUCCAUCGGGACCUCAAGCCGGAAAACCUUUUGGUUCAGCGAAAUGAGGACAAAUCUACAACCUUGAAACUAGCUGAUUUUGGUCUUGCAAAGCUUGUGGUGAGACCUAUAUUUACUGUGUGUGGGACUCCUACGUAUGUAGCUCCCGAAAUUCUUUCUGAGAAAGGUUACGGGCUGGAGGUGGACAUGUGGGCUGCAGGCGUCAUCCUCUACAUCCUGCUGUGUGGCUUCCCCCCCUUCCGCAGCCCGGACAGGGACCAGGACGAGCUCUUCAACAUCAUCCAGCUGGGCCGCUUCGACUUCCUCGCCCCUUACUGGGACAGCAUCUCUGAAGCUGCCAAAGAUCUGGUGAGCCACUUGCUGGUGGUCGACCCUAAAAAGCGCUACACGGCCCACCAGGUUCUCCAGCACCCCUGGAUUGAAACUGCUGGGAAGACUGGCAUGGAAAACCUACAGAAGGAGGCGACCCUCAGCAGUGAGGGCCACCUCCGGAAGCAGCACAAGAGGGGAACACAACAGGAUCCAUUGUAGUCGCCAGCCCGGGCGUCUGUCCAGCUUCCCGGUCUGCUCAAGGACAGCGAAAGGACAGAAGGUGGAGAGAGAAACAAAGCAAGGGACUUCUCAAGAUGAUCCGAGAAUUGGAACUAGGAGAGGCGCUCUGUAUAUUUUAAUGCAUAGUAAACAAAAUAAACUGAGUCUUCAUGUUAAGAAAUGUAACAUAUUUUAGGUUUGUACAUAUACUGGAAGCCUUUAAUACUACUUUUUUGGGGGGAAGAAUUGUCAUCAGUGAGGAGUUGUUGAUGAACAGUUUUGCUGCUCCUUUCUAACCCGGUGUGUGGUGUACUGUGUGAGCGGGGCUUACCAGGCUCUGAGCUCCGCGGGUGAGAUUAACGAGGUGUAUCCUGGUCUUCCUGUGCUAAUAAAUGUGCUCUGAGUGACUGACGUGGGUCUGCGUUCUCACUACUUCUUACCUUGCCAGUGGUGAGAGCCGGGGAAUGAUAGUUCCGAGACAUCGCCCUAAACCUGCAUGACUACGUGUAACCAUUGUGACAGCCGCUGGAUUGAUUGGCAAGAUCUGUUCCUUUAGGAUGCGCUGAACUGGAUAACAAGACAGUGGAUCUUGGUCUGUAGCAUUUCAGUCUUUCUGCAAAUCAGGUUUGGUGCUGUCUGAAAAAUGGAAGGAAGAAAUCGUGUAAUUAUUCUUGUCCCUUUAGUACCCACUUACGGUGCUUCUCACCCAAUUAUCUCUGAGCCUGUAUCUCUUCUACAUGACGUUAGUCACGC